AUGGCGAUGGCAGCCACCGAGGCUGCGUUUCACUUCCUAGAUAAUUUCCAGAAGCAUCGUGCGGAGCUUGCGAUCAAGUACACACCUACGCAAUUCGGCCGUUUCUCGACUUUGAUAAAAAUGGCUCUCAAGGACCAUGAGUGGCAACAGGAUGGUGGUCCAAAUGAGACAGGAGAGGGGUACUCUCGAAAAGAUACCUUGGCACAUCGAGAUGAAUGGCAGCAGCUAGGGAGAGGAUUCGAGGGUAGAGUAUUCAAAUACCAGGGAAAUGUCAUCAAAGUAUUCAGCAGCGAGAGAACACCACUCAGGAACUGUAUGCCUGGGACGGAACCACGGCUACGGUGGCCAACGGAAAUCCCAGCCUCCCUUAUUCUUGGUGGUCCGGCCAAUGAGCCAAAGAGGGAGAACCGUUCGGGUUUUCUAUCCGUCGUCGACUAUUACCUUUCGCCCAGCACGGGUAACCAAGCCAGGGAAUGGCACCUUGUAACUCCAUUCCUACCGCUGGGUAACCUUGGGAAGCUGGCGUAUCACUUGAGGAGGUCUGACAUCUCUUAUACAGUUCGCGAACUCGAUAUCGUGUUCCGACCCUCAAUCGAGCGUCUGUUGGAGGUCUUGGGUGGAAUGCAUAUGGAUUCUGGGCUCUGCCACGAUGAUGUGAAGCUGGACAAUAUAUUCCUGGGUUCUUCGCAGCCGAUACUAGAUACAUCAAAAUUGGAGGCUGGUUCAGCAACAGAGUGGCUUCUGGGAGAUCUCGGCAACGUUCGCGAACGAGACCAUCCGUAUCAUGUGUCGAACCUAUGGACACUGAGCGGAAACUUGCCGGACUGCCGAGCAAACGAUGUACUGAGGCUGCUCAAGGUGUACAUGACAUUUCUCAGAGAAUCAAUGGUCGAGCCUGCAAUAUUUGACGAGGAAUUUUUCCAAGACUCACAGCCGUGGAGCAGGCUGUUCUGGUUGAUUUGGGAAGACGCUCAGAAGGGACGAGGCCUAUCUGCAAGCUCAGCUUUGGAGCUGUCGCGGAAGAGCGCACAUCGGCCCACAGAUAAGCCAAGAGAGAACGCGUACAUCGAUCGUCAGCCAAGAGAAUGGUGGGACUUUCUUUGGCGUAUGAUAGCAGGAAACAGCGUGGCACGGCACUGGGCAGUGAAGAAGACACUUCGUAUCAGUGCAGGAGACGCAGUGGCCAGGAAAUGGGGGCUGGUUCUCCUCUUGAGCGUGCCUCGUGGUUCCUGUGAUGUAGAUACCCUAUAG